GCUCGUCGACGAAAGUCACAACCGCAGAAUAUUAAACUCCGUCGUUUGACGCAAGCUUAUCUUACCCCAUUCCAUGUCAAGCCUAAACAGACUAGCACUGAAUCAAAGAUAGACCAUAUCUAUUCCAUUACACAAAAUCUUAUUCUCGAUUAUCAAAGCGUAACCACUGGAUUGUUUCCACGAUAUUCUCGAGAUCGCGAUGUUGGCUAUGUUAAGGAUAGCAUAUAUUGCGCAUUAGCUUGUUGGGCUUGUUCUAUCGCAUACAAGAGGCUCGAUGAUGAACGAGGAAGACAGACGGAGCUUCGUCAGUCGGCUGUGAAAACGAUGCGUGGGAUUCUGUUUUGCUGGAUGCAGCAGAGCGCAAGGGUACGGGUUUUUCUGUCUUUCUGCAAAUCAUGCUUUAUGAAACCGUUCUGUCUCAAUCCUUAUCUUAUUUUACUCCAUUUUUUGCAGCUGGAUGCCUUCAAAUCAAAUAUCUCCCCAGAAAAUGCUCUACAUGCGCGAUUCGACCUUCAUUCUGGCAUGACUUUGAAUCGCCCAAAUGAGCAGCAGUAUGGUCACAUGCAGAUGGAUCUUGUUGCUUUGUACAUAAUCGCUCUUGUGGAGAUGAUUGCAAGUGGAGCUAAGGUCAUCUACACUCACCAUGAGGUCAAUUUUGUGCAAAACCUCGUCUUCUAUAUUGAACGAACCUAUCGUACACCGGAUUUUGGAAUGUGGGAGAGGGGUACCCGUUACAACAAUGGAAAGCCUGAACUGCACGCCAGCAGCCUUGGAAUGGUGAAG